AUGCGUGAGGUUCCCAAGAGCAAAGGUAAAUACUCGUUCUACACAUGCAAACAUUGUUCCCUUGCCUACAACAUGAACCCGGACUUGAAACCACCUGAACUUAUUCUUGGGCGCUCUUACAACUACGUUGGUCACCUGCUGAUGAUGAUUCCAGUGGAUCAGGGCAAGGAGGCAGACAGCGGCCAAUAA